UUUAACCCUUGUGGUCUCAGAACACUUCCGUGACAUAUGUAAUUGUUGUUACAUAUCCACUAAUCUGACUCUGCCAUAUAGGAUAUAUUAUGCACAUCUUUUUGAGUAAUUUAAGUUAUUACUUCGGGUAGCCAUUCACAAGUUAGUGUGAUCUCUGCAAAGAGAUACACACAGUCUAAAAGGAUUGGCUGAAUAGAUUUCAGGAAUUUACACUAAGAAACAAGUGGGAUAACUGCUUCUCUCAUCAACCUGUUUACAGUGAAAAUAUUUGGUUAGCUGUGUUAUUUUUGGGUAAACCUCCACAUUGGAACUAUUAACCCACUUAAGUAAACUAGUUUUAAAAAGUGACCACUGUUUACUUGAAUUAAUCUGGAAUUUAAGGAUUAUAUGUAUCAACUACUAGCUUUCGCCUAGACUUACUUGAUCUCCUAACUUCCAAAACAGAUAGUUCCUCUUACACUGGUUAACACAUGGUCAAGCCUAAUUCCUUUGUUCGAGCUGACCAUGCCAGCCUCCAGUAGCUACAGAUGUGUAUUGCCUCAGUGUAUGUAAGCAAGGUGGCAGCACAUCUGGAAUGGAUUAACUUCUCCUUGGCAUCUAUUGCCCCCAAUGACCCCUGCUGGUUAAUCCCAUCCUAUCAGCCCAGCCUCUAUCAAGUGGCUAAACAAGAUGGAGGCACCAGCAGUACACAGGCCAAAUGAAAACUUAGUACAUCAGCAACCACUUGUAACUGUUCUGAGUUUCUGUAUUUAGUUAUGCCUCAGUGAUUGUCCUAACACAACACAAUCCUCAGAAAUUAUAUAUCACUGCAGAUGCACAUAUACUGGAAUUUAUCAUACUUUUGGACUUAGACAUUUUGAGUCCAGUGAACAUGUUCUCUAUGGCCAGUCAGUAAGCAUUUGUUAUUAUUGUUGAUAGAUACAUAUAUAUAGAUAUUAACUUUGUAUAUACAGUUAAUAUGCAUAUGGGCUAUCGCGUGGUAAUAUUGUGUUUAGUUUAUAGAUAUUAUCAAAAUCCCCUAUCUGACAAGCAUGUUGAUCUUAUAUUGUCCCACUGAUGUAGACCUAGUCAAUUAUUGUUCCCUUAUGAGGAAUUGCAUACAUACAUUGAUAAAUGGUUAUCAUGUUUAAAUGUUUCCCUCAUAAUUUGUUAUUCUGUCUAAAUGCGUAAUUUGACAUUUUGACUACCUUAAGAACAAGGGUUACCAGCACAUACCAUACAAUGACAUGUCACAUGCAUCACAUAAAUGUGGUUAUCAUGCGUGACCCGUAUCAUUGUUCCUCAUGCGGUAACCGUUCUGGGUUGUACAAUAUGUAUACAGCCUCUAGUAUAAAAAUGUACCACUCAGAUUAUUAUUGUAUACAUUAGUCUACACUCUUGACUUGUAACCUGUAUGUUAAAUGAUCGAAAGAGUGAUUUAAGAAUGUUAUGUUUUGGUUGGAGGUGAAGGUCAGCUGGCAUAGACCAGCAUGUCUUGUUAUAUAUGAGAUAUGACCUGGCAUCAUAAAAUGCAUUUGUACCCAUCAUGUGGAUACACUGAGUCAUCUAAAUUUCUAAUGGGGGCCCGGCCCCUUAUUAGCCUGGCAACGUACUCGACAUUAUGUUUAGAUGCCUCUCUUAAACAGGAUACCGGUAACCCUGUGGCCCUUGGCCUCUCUUGUAUUGACUAUAUUGCAAUCAUUGUUAGCAUGAUGUCACUUGGUUUUCUAGAUGCCAUGCUUAAACGUCACAUGCAUUAUGGUCUGACUGUCAGGCUGACCUCUCAACUUCAACCUACCUUGACCUACAUGUAUGUGUACAGGUCGCUGUGUAUACAUGUGGACACACAUGUAACAUGUCUAUUAUAUAAUUGGGUUAAUACUCAUAUCCAACGCCUUAACUUGUUUAACUUACCUGUUAUGAUCAUAUGGCAUUUCUAUUAAGUCUUUGAAAGCUAAGUUCUAAAUUAUUUACUCAUUAAUACUUGAAAGCUCUAGUAGCUCUCCCCAUUCCCUCCAAGACAGCCGAGCAGUCAAGACGUGUUUUCCCAAGAUCACAGCCAGUCUUCAUUCAUACAUUUCACCCAGGUGCUGUACCGUCUUGACUGCCAGACGUUACUCUCUAGGCUGCUUCUCCUUGUAAGUCCCUCAGCGGGAACACUGUCCAAACUCAGAAGGAAGGAAGGAAGGAAGGAAGGGAAGAAACAUAUUUACAGAUACUCCUACUCUUAUACUGAUUACCUCUGUCUCACGUAAUAAAUUCCCAGGCUGUGGCAGUUGUGAAAACCCACCAGAGCAUUUGCGUUUCUUUGUCCAGCAUAUAUUUAAUACUUGUUUCCCCAAAAGCCAGUCACGUGUCCACCCGACAACGUAAGAUAGUCUCGCAGGUGAUUGAACCGCAGACAAACAGGUCUUACAUACAGAUGAUAUAGAAGUUGUAAAUCCAUUGGGAACACAUGUUGAGAAACACAAGCUGACCAUGUUCUGUGCCACUUUUGGAAAUAUACCACCAGAAUAUAGAUCAAAACUCAGUGCUAUGUAUCUCAUUUGUACAGCAAAGUCCGUCCCGCUUAAAACGCAUGGCAGUUUUCGUCUUCUUAAAGACGUUAUAGGCACGGUUACUAAACUUUCAAGUGGAGGAGUGACCAUUAAAGUGGAUGGACAAGACAAACUGAUUGAAGGAGCACUAAUUAUGCGUUUUGAGGCCAAGCAUGGCCACAUCACAUUUCAUAAAUGGACGAACUUUAAGAACCUGCCUCUCAGUUUAUCAAACCUUCACCAAAAAUGGUUGUGCUCCCAAAUGCACAAAUGCUGAUCCCAAAUGCUGACCCCUCUUGGGACUCAUCUAAUUUUUUUAUAUGCUGGAGAUCAUGUAAAAGGAGGAGAGGUCAUGAAAGUGAGAGAGUUGCCCAUUUUAACACAGCAACUUAUAGUCUUCUCAGAAAUCGCAACAUAUGAACAACUGUACAAAACCAGUGAAGUUACUGUCCAUGGUUGUACAUUCCGGGAAGGGUGUGUAGUUACUCUUGGGUAUGACAGUGAUCACUAUCCAUGCUUUGGAAUGGUAGAGAACAUCUUUGUCAGUGAGCAGAAGAAAUAUUUUCAGGUGCAAUUGGCAUUGGUGGUUGAUGUGUGUGAACAUGUUCUAUCUUAUGUCGUGGAAUUUGGAGACAGCCGUGCCAUUGUACUAUAUGAGCGUUUAUUCUGCAAAAUGCCUUUGUCAGUUCAUCAGUAUGCUUGAAGAAAUUGCAUUUUGAACAAGUAUGGAUAUUCUUCCUUCAACAUUCAGUAGGAGCACAUUUACAGUAAAUCUGAUUUCUAAUUCUGUUGUGUGGAUGGCUAUAGGUGAAGACUACUUUCAAACUCUGAUAGUGUAAUAAUACCAGACAGUACUAAGAUGAUUUAGAUUGGGAUCGCCUUGAGCCAUAUGUGUGCAAUCCAAAAUGACUACCACAUCAACAAACAACACAGAAUUUUAGGUGGGGGACAUAGCUCUGCAGUGAGGGCCGAUUUGUUUCACAUUUUUUUUCAUUUUACUCUUUCCUCAACACGUUGCAUUUUCUGAAGCCAAACGAUAACAUUCAAAUAUUUACAUCACAACACUUUCAGGAUAUUUUCUUUUGGAUUAUCAAAGUGCUCUUUUUUUAUAUAUCCACCUGCAGCUAACCUUGAGCUGGGUUCGACUUGUACAAAGCUCGUAUUGGAAGAAGAUGGCACUGAUAUUGAUGACGACGAAGUAUUGCUCGAGUACAAAACCAAAAGCCUGAAUGCAUUGGAAGAUGGAGAGGUGUGGAUGUCCGUAAACCAGAACAGUGGAAAGCCAUCUGAAGGUUCUCUGAGAGCUGAAUGAUCAACAGAAACCCAUGGACCUGUCAACUCAGCCUCACAAGGUACUCCACGAUCAUCUGCCAAAGAAAUGCAGAUGAUCCGGACAGUGUGCGACCAAGAAUACAUACAAGGUUAGAGUGGGCCAUGACGAUUGCUGAGGACAAAAAAUGGGCCAAUGGAUGAAAGUGACACUAUGAGGGGGAAAUACUGCUCAUUCAGCACCUUUGAGAAACUCGUCAUGAAGGAUCGCGGCAAAGGGAAGAAGUCUGUCCUGCCUUUCCAUUAUCCAGAUUCAGCAGUUGGAUACAGUCCCCGGAAAAACCUUCAGAGUGCUCCCUUGACACCUCGAUCUCUUAGGCUUUUCCUUGCAGGCGACACCUUCAAAUGUGCCUAUGUGUUGGCAGAUCAAGAGUUCAUACUUGCAAGCACCGAGAAUGUCUUCAACAUACUAACACUUCUCAUGGCUGUGCACUAUGUUUUUGAUAUGUCCUAUCCAGCAUAUAUUCCCCUUCCCUGGGUUAUACUACAACACUGGGUACUGGAGGACCCCUACACUGAGAAGAUUUGUUCUAACUGGAUAAAACUUUCAGAAAAAAGACGUUGUGGAGGUUACAGUGCCAUAAGGCGACGUCAUUCACGAGAAAAGUUACGAAAAACGGAUUUACGAAGUUUUAUGAAAGUGGCCCCGGGUACCCGUUUCACAAGGCGAACGUAUCUACCAUGGCGACGUAAUACUACAAUACUGGAUGCCACGGAAGAUUGGAUUACGUUAGACGCUAUGCAGAGAGCCACCCAAGCCGUUGCCCUUUUGUUUUUUCUGUCAUUUGCAGUUUUAGAUGCCAUUAAGUGCAGCUUCAGGACUGUGUCCGACAACAACACAUCAUACACCGAACACUUGUUUUACUGCGUCUCAGAAUGCUGUGGUGAUGCAUGCUGUCCUGCAAAGCCCUAUAUUUACGACACAAAAGUAACAGAACGAUUAGCUGCGGCUUUCGCCUGGGUGUUCAUUGCAGCCACUAUCGUGAUCGUGCUGUCCUGGACCAAUUUGAAUGAGCAUGUGGCUAGAUAUUUGCGACGCUGGAAGGUUACAAGGGAAACUGUAUCUUUGACGUCCGUUGAUAACAGCCCUCGGUCUAUCCCUAACUACGACAUUCCUUCGAUGGCACCCAACCUGUACACCCAGAUGCCAGUCCUAGUCCCCGCGACCACGAUCGACGCUAGUAAACACUUGGCACCAACAGACAAAACCAAUAAGUGUCUGAGCAACGAGGACAAAACUGCUCCUUUGACAAGCCCGCCAUCUUACCCUUCGGUUACGGGACAGCCGGAAACCGAAAACAAGUCUGAGCCUUCCAACUACCAUAGCACUUCAUCGGGUGAAAUGGUUGAAGGAGGCAAUACAGAAGCCGAAAUUGGAGACAGAAGUAAACUGUUACAGUAAUAUAACACGUAUGUUGAGAAUCGAACUUUCCUGUAAUAAAACUGUGU